CACGCACUCUGUGUUUACGCAAACUCACUGCCUGUCUACGCAGGACGCAAAGUGAACUGGCCGAGAUUCGGGCACCGACGUUGAGUUAAGAGUUGAGGGACGAAACAUCUCCAACGAUAACAACAACAAAAAACAACACAUCAACAAAGCGCUUCUUGUGCCACUGGACACUGGAUAAACAUGCCUCUGACUUAUUCUAAAUGGGAUUGUUAUUGAAGUGCGCGAUUUAACCCGAUGCGGAAGAUAUGAUGGGGAUGAUUGUCGAAGUAAACACAGGAGAAAGUUUACUCCUUUUGGAAUAUGAAUGAAUAGUCUUGAUGCCACAACAUAGCUAACUCACAGUGCACCAAGGCCAUGAUAGACAGCCUUUGCAUACAGAUGUCUUCUCUCUAGCUAGCUAGCUAGGUAAUAGCGCUAAGCCUAAGUUACAGUAGGCAGUAAGUAACAUUAUACGUUCAGUCGUGACAUUUAAUUGAAAUGGCUAACUAGCUGGCUAUAUGUUUUUUUUUUGUUUUUAUCUACCAGGCUAACUAUCUAAAAUAGCAAUAGAGUUUGCCAGUUAGCUAACUAGCUAAUCAUUGGUUUAUCUAGUUAGCUAGAAACGCUUGAAAGGAAAGCCCGAGUUGGCUAACUAAUUAGCUAGCGCACUAGGCGAGCUAACAUAUCAACUAGCUAGUAAAUGAGACCGCUAACGAGUUGCUAGCCUAGCUUAGCCUAGCCUAGCUUAGCACUUUGUCCAAUUUGAAUCUCAGGUUAUCGCUAACUAGUUUAUAUAUGUGCUUUGCACUUCAAUUAGCUCGCUAACAGUAAGACAUGUUUUUUUUUUCUUUCUAGUUAGCAUUUCCAAACUUUGCUCGAUUUAGUGUACGGUUUAGCUAGUGUUUUAUAUAUAUAUCUCUUAGUUAGCUCAAGCUGCCUUUUCCACCGUGCCUGGACUGACCGACCCGCACCAGGACAAGCCGGGGCCGAUGCUGACAGUCCGGAUCACGGCAACAGUAAGGAGCCAUGCAGCCGCAACAAAUAUACGACUUUUCAAGUGACGAGAACAGUCACAAAUGGCGAGGCCUCUUCGUCCAAGCGUUGCGAAAGGUGCAGCUGCAGGUGCACCCCAACCUGUCAGCCACAGAGGGCGCUCUGCAGCACAUCGAAGAGCUCAUCCUGCAGCUGCUCAACAUGCUGUGUGUGGCCCAGCCGCGCUCUGUACAGGACGUGGAGGAGCGGGUCCAGAAGACUUUCCCCCACCCCAUAGAUAAAUGGGCCAUAGCUGACGCCCAGUCAGCCAUCGAGAAGAGGAAGAGGAGGAACCCCCUACUGCUCCCUGUGGAUAAGAUACACCCUCUACUCAAGGAGGUGCUGGGUUAUAAGAUAGACUACCACGUCUGCCUCUACAUCGUGGCGGUUCUAGAGUACAUAUCAGCUGACAUCCUGAAGCUAGCAGGAAACUACGUUGGUAACAUCAGACACUAUGAGAUCAGCCAGCAAGACAUCAAGGUGUCCAUGUGUGCAGACAAGGUCCUAAUGGACAUGUUUGACCAGGACGAGGACAUCGGUCUGGUGUCUCAGUGUACGGAGGAGCCUUCGUCGUCGGGGGAGCUGACCUACGACGACCUGGUGCGCCUGGAGAUUGCAGAGGAGCGCCAGUACCUGCGGGAGCUCGACCUCAUCAUCAAGGUGUUCCGACAUCACUUCCUGUUCAACAACAAGAUCUUUACGCCUCAGGAUGUGGAGGUGAUUUUCAGUAACAUCUUGGACAUCCAUGAGUUGACGGUCAAGCUGCUGGGCCUGAUCGAAGAUGCAGUGGAGAUGACCGCUGACGGUAGUCCACAUCCUCUGGUGGGCAGCUGCUUCGAGGACCUGGCAGAGGAGCAGGCGUUUGACCCAUACGAGACCCUGUCUCAGGACAUCCUGUCCAGGCAGUUCCACGAGCACUUCAGCAGUCUGAUGGCCCGGCCUACUGUAGGACUAUACUUCCAGUCCAUAGCUGAAGGUUUCAAGGAGGCGGUUCAGUACGUCCUGCCACAGCUCAUGAUGGUUCCUGUAUACCACUGUUUGCACUACUUUGAACUACUGCAGCAGCUGCAGGAGCACAGUGAGGAGCAGGACGACAGGGAGUGUCUGAAGCAGGCCAUCACCGCUCUGCUCAACCUCCAGUGUAGCGUGGAACGCAUCUACACCAAACACCUGCCCCGACGCAAGCCUGGCGAGCCCAAGUACCGUCUGUACAGUCGUCAGGUGCGCAGCAAGCAGCUGGCCAUCAAGAGGAUGAACGAGAUCCAGAAGAGCAUCGACGGCUGGGAGGGGAAGGACAUCGGCCAGUGCUGUUCCGAGUUCAUCCUGGAGGGGGCGCUCCUCCGCGCCGGCGCCAAACACGAGCGACACAACUUCCUGUUCGACGGCCUCAUGAUCAGCUGCAAGGCCAAUCAGAGCUCCCGACUCCCCGGUUCCGGAAGCGGGGCCGAGUUCCGUCUCAAGGAGAAGUUCGUCCUGCGGAAAGUCCGCAUCGUGGACCGCGAGGACUCGGCGGAGUUCAAACACGCCUUCGAACUCGUCGGUAAAGACGAGAACUGUGUGGUGUUCUGCGCCCGCUCGGCGGAGGACAAGGGGGCGUGGAUGGCGGCGCUGGUCACCCUGCAGUACCGCUCCACGCUGGACCGUAUGUUGGACACGGUUCUGCAGCACGAGGAGCAGGCCCAGCCCCUCCGCCUGCCCUCGCCAGAGCUAUACCGCUUCGCUGUGCACGACUCGGAGGAGAACAUCGUGUUUGAAGAUCGCGUCCAGAGCAAGACGGGGAUACCCAUUAUUAAAGCAGGCACGGUGGUCAAGCUUAUAGAGAGGCUCACCUACCACAUGUAUGCUGAUCCCAACUUUGUGCGCACUUUUCUGACCACCUACCGGUCCUUCUGCAAGCCCCACGAGCUCCUCGGCCUCCUGAUAGACAGGAUUGAGAUCCCAGAGCCGGAGCCCACCGAAGCAGACAAGCAGGCGCUAUGGAACGGAGAUCAGCCAAUGGCUGCAGAGCUACAGAGGUUCCGGAGGGAGUACGUCCAACCGGUCCAACUCAGGGUCCUGAAUGUGUUUCGUCAGUGGGUGGAACAUCAUUUCUAUGACUUUGAGAACGACCCCGAGCUACGAGGCAGACUGGAGGAGUACAUCAGCAGCAUUCUACAGCUACGAGGAAAGUCUAUGAGGAAGUGGGUGGAGUCUAUCAACAAGAUCAUCAAGAGGAAGAUGCAGACUCAGUCCAACGGGGUCAGCCACAACAUCACCUUCGAGAGCCCGCCCCCGCCCAUCGAGUGGCACAUCAGCCGCCUGGGUCAGACGGACACCUUUGACCUCAUGACCCUUCACCCCAUAGAGAUCGCCCGUCAGCUCACCCUGUUGGAGUCAGAGCUAUACAGGGCUGUGAGGCCAUCUGAGCUGGUGGGGAGUGUCUGGACCAAAGAGGACAAGGAGAAUAACUCUCCCAACCUACUGAGAAUGAUCCGCCACACCACCAACCUUACACUGUGGUUUGAGAAGUGUAUUGUGGAAGCAGAGAACCUGGAUGAGAGGGUAGCAGUGUUCACCCGGGUCAUUGAGAUUCUCCAGGUGUUUCAGGAGCUCAACAAUUUCAACGGUGUUCUGGAGGUGGUCUCCGCCAUCAACUCUGUCCCUGUCUACCGGCUCGAUCACACCUUUGAGGCGGUCCCCGAGAGGAAGAAGAGGAUCCUAGAGGAAGCAGUGGAACUGAGCCAGGACCAUUUCAAGAAGUACCUGGCCAAGCUCAAGUCCAUUAACCCUCCCUGCGUGCCUUUCUUUGGUAUCUACCUGACCAACAUCCUGAAGACAGAGGAGGGGAACCCCGACUUCCUGAAGAGACACGGCAAAGAGCUGAUCAACUUCAGUAAGAGGAGGAAAGUAGCAGAAAUCACAGGAGAGAUACAGCAGUACCAGAACCAGCCGUACUGUCUCAAGGUGCAGCAAGACAUCAAGAGGUUUUUUGAGAACCUGAACCCGAUGGGCUGUCUGGGUGAGAAGGAGUUCUCUGACUAUCUGUUCAACAAGUCUCAGGAGAUUGAGCCUCGCAACUGCAAGCAGCCGCCACGAUUCCCCAGGAAGACCCUGUACCCCCUGAAGUCCCCGGGGAUCCGGCCGGUGCGCACCUCUACGUCAGGGACCCUGAAGGGCCACCCUGUACCCCUGGAGAGAGAGCCCCCGCACAAGAUCACCUUCAGGAGCAUCGCUGAGACGGAGCAUGAGACCUCUUCCGUAGCCUCGGUCCCCACCUCACCCAACACCCCCACCCCUCCGCAGUCGGCCACCUCAGACCUCAUCUCUGUCUUCAUGGAGCAAGACCUCUGCAACUCCUACGGUGGAAACUCCAUAUUCGCUAAUGUACUCCUCCCACCCUCAAAGGUCCAGUCAGUAUCGUGUGGAAGCCUUCACCAGCUAGGAGAGGACUUACUCAAACCCCCUCCACUUCCCCCGCGCAGGAAGGAUGCUUUCUCUGAGACCAAGUUGAGUUCCAGGUCUGACAGUCCUCCAGCCAUCCCGCCCAGGCUGCCCCCUCCUCUCCCCAGGAUCCAGCCCCGCGCCCCGGUCUACAAUGGCCCCAGCGACGGCCCCCUCUCCAGCCCCCCACCACCACCUCCCCGGGACCCCCAGCCAGACACCCCUCCACCCGUCCCCCAGAGACCCCCAGAGAUCUUCAUCAACUACCCCCUGAACCUUCAACCUUCCCCUGUCGGACGCUUCCACUGGGACUUUGGCAGCUCCCCUUCAUCCCCCGGCACACCCCCGGGCACCCCCUCUCCCCGCGUCCCCCGACGGAGCUGCCCCCUCAGCGCUAGUCAGAACAGUCUCUGCCCUCUCCCGCUGCCCAUCAUGGCGCCCCCUGUGCCACCUCGCCACAACUCCAACUCCUCCCCCCAGCUCCCCAAACUCCCCCCAAAGACCUACAAGAGGGAGCUGUUGCCGCCCCCGUUACAGAGCCUCUCAUUGGUGGAGAACACGGACACUAGCCAAUGAGGAGCCUUCUGCUUCUUUUGUUAUUGUUUUCGUUGUCAACAUGGAAGCCUUUGAGUUUCUCCACACAAUACAAACUGCAAACAAACUAUGUCCUACAUUAAACUAUGAACUAAUGACCUGCAUCAGACUAUGAACUAUGACCUAUGACCUAGAGCGGAUGAAAACAAACAAACUAAUCAUGAUUUUAAAGCUACUGAUCGUAAAGAAGACUUCGUUUCCAACCACACUCCAAACCACGCCCACUUCAUCUCCUGCCACGCCUCUCAGGAAUCAGUAGCUCCGCCUUCAUGCCAAUUGAAAAUACACCACAGUGUGCCAGCCAAUGAACAAGUAGCCUCAAGAUUCUAACUCCUCCUCUCUGUGGGUGUGUGUGUGUGUGUGUACGUUGGUGUGUGUGUGUGCGCGUUUCACAUACCUGUACACAGCACAGCACAUGUCAGUGCGUUUCUUUCUUGGUACAGACGUCCCACUCUGUGCUAGAGUGGACAGGACAGGACAGGACAGCAAGCUAUGCUCUGGUAGUUGCCCUUCUCCUACCCUGACAGUUAAAAAAAAAACGUUUUUACCCCGGGUUCUCCAGCCUGUCCUGGUCCAGUUCGGUAGCCCCAUGCCCCAUGUGUUUGUGAUUCCGUUGUUCCAUUGGCACACUGUAGUGCUAGGAGCAGCAUUCACUCACUUACCCAGGAGUCAGUCAGUCAGUCCUGUCCUGUGGCUCGCAGACUUGACAGUCACUGGACCUAUUCGGACUUCACUGCUCUUUAAUGAUCAAAACUUAUCAAUUGCUCUUCCCGCGGUUCUGUACCGCGGUUCUGUCUGGAGAUAUCCUCUGAGGCCUCUCAACUCUUCCCAUUUGUGUUCUGUCGUUCUCUAAUAAUCUCUAACUUUUGUAGCCAACGUUUCAUUUGAUGCAGGGUGAAAACUUAAGGGAUACAUUUUAUUUUUGAGGAAUGAUAAGACCAACUAAAAAAAAAUGGGAUGCAAAUUGUAUUUCAUUCAUUCAGAACUGACUGACUGAAAGCGUUCAGGAAAAAGGUGUGCGACUAUUGAAUAAACACCCCCCCCCCCCCAUCCCCCCCCCCCUUGGUCGUAGCUACACCCUCUACUUCAGAUGUUAGCCUUUAAUCCCACAGCACUGACCUCUAACCUGAGGCCAGGGGAGCCAUUCAGAAUGAGGGAGAGAGACCGACGGAUGGACAUAUCGGAAGACAGAUUGGCGGAGAGUGUAGUGUAGGGUAGGAUCCACUUUUAACUGGGGCAGGGCAGCAGUGACGUCUACUCGUCUACCCUCGUCAGUCAUGUGAUGGGAGAAGUCUGUUUGUGUCUGGACUAUAGAAAACGAUAGAGGCCUCUAGUGGCCAAAAGGCUAUAUUAGCAUGGGCAGCGCCAUUGAGGGCUUCCACCGUGCUUCCGCCAUUUUAAAGUAGUCAAGGUGGACAACUGGGUGGGGAUUCCUGUGAGUUGUUGCCUCAAUGGCGCUGCCCAUGCUGUCACAGAUGCUACAAUGGCACUGAUAUAAAUGAGUCCUCUGUCUCUAUGGAGCUGCCUAUGCUGUCACAGUGCUGAUAUAAAUAUGAGUCCUCUAUCGAUCUCUAUGGAGCUGCCCAUGCUGUCACAGUGCUGAUAUAAAUAUGAGUCCUCGAUCUAUCUCUAUGGAGCUGCCCAUGCUGUCACAGAUGCUAUAAUGGAGCGGAUAUAAAUGAGUCCUCUAUCUAUCUCUAUGGAGCUGCCCAUGCUGUCACAGACGCUAUAAUGGCGCGGAUAUAAAUGAGUCCUCGAUCUAUCUCUAUGGAGCUGCCCAUGCUGUCACAGACGCUAUAAUGGCGCGGAUAUAAAUGAGUCCUCGAUCUAUCUCUAUGGAGCUGCCCAUGCUGUGACAGAUGCUAUAAUGGCGUGGAUAUAAAUGAGUCCUCUAUCUAUCUCUAUGGAGCUGCCCAUGCUGUGACAGGUGCUAUAAUGGCACUGAUAUAAAUGAGUCCUCUAUCUAUCUCUAUGGAGCUGCCCAUGCUGUCACAGUGCUGAUAUAAAUGAGUCCUCUAUCUAUCUCUUAUGUCUGCACAAAGCCCAGAUCUCGGGAAGAAGAGUAGGAUGAGUGACAACAACAUUGAGAUAUCUCAUUCUCGGGCCAGGGAGGCGGUAACUAUAGCAGCCAGACAUUUCUUUCUCCGUCUCCUUGAAGUGAUACUUUGGGAUUUUGCCAGUGUAACUUCCCCAGAGUCAGAUGAUCUUGUGUAUACCAUUGUUACAUCUCUGUGUCCAGCGUGAAGGAGGUUUAGAGGUAGUUUCUUGAGCCAGCGCUAACUAGCGUUAGCGCCCAUGACUGGAAGUUUAUGGGUAUCUACUAGCACGUUCCUUUUAAAGCUAGCCCGGUCCCAGAUCUGUUUGGCCUUUUGGCCUACUCUGUUCUCUUAUGGCUAUUUGUCAUGUUGAUUCCAUAUGGCGUGGGCAAGAACAGACCUAUAGCCAGGCUAGCUGAAAGCCAAGAUGAUGUCUUAACCCAAACUAAGUGCCCCUAAAAGUUGUAUGCUGCUGUCUGUCUGUCCAGAACUAUCUGCAGCUCUACUACCAUCAUACCCAGUACUGUACCAGCCUGCAGUGUUGGUAUGGAAAUUCAGCACUGGACUCCUCAUACGCAGCAACCCCAACAAAGCCUGGAACAAAUGGACAGUUGGCUCCUCUAGUGGACAAAUUGGGGAUUGCUCCACAGCUCCCCUAGUGGAUAGGAGGACAAACAGCUCCUCUAGUGGACAAACUGGGGACUGCUCCACAGCUCCCCUAGUGGAUAGGAGGACAAACAGCUCCUCUAGUGGACAAACUGGGGACUGCUCCACAGUGCCCCUAGUGGAUAGGACAAACAGCUCCUCUAGUGGACAAACUGGGGACUGCUCCACAGCGCCCCUAGUGGAUAGGAGGACAAACUGGGGACUGCUCCACAGCGCCCCUAGUGGAUAGGAGGACAAACAGCUCCCCGAGUGGACAAACUGGGAACAAGUGGCUGUUUCAGAUAUCUGGAUUCACAUCGAGAAGAAGCCUCUAUUAACCAGAUGUCACUGUCCUCCUCUCUCUCUCUCUCUCUCUCUCUCCUCUCAAAUAUGCCAUUUCAUUUUAAAAUACUGAAAUAACAUGCAUCAUGCUCAGAUGUGCCUUUUUUUGAUUUUGUUUUCUUUACAGAGUAAGCGAAAGGUGUCUUUUUUUAAAUGCUAUUAAAAAAACUGAUAUGAUAAAUAAA